CCCGCGCCCCCCGCCAUGGAGCGCAUCCCCAGCGCGCAGCCCCCGCCCGGCUCUGGCAAGCUGCCCGCCCUGGAGAGCGGAGACCUGCCGGGGCUGGACUUCGCGCACAUGUACCAGGUGUACAAGCCGCGGAGGGGUUUGAAGAGGAGCGAGGAUAACAAGGAGACCUACAAGCUGCCGCACCGGCUGAUCGAGAAGAAGAGGCGCGACAGGAUCAACGAGUGCAUCGCGCAGCUCAAGGACCUGCUGCCCGAGCACCUCAAGCUCACGACCCUAGGGCACCUGGAGAAGGCGGUGGUUCUGGAGCUCACCUUGAAGCACGUGAAGGCACUGACCAAUCUCAUCGAGCAGCAGCAGCAGAAGAUCCUGGCUCUGCAGAGCGGUCUGCAGGCGGGUGACCUGUCAUCGAGAAACCUCGAUUCCAGCCAGGAAAUGUUUCGAUCCGGUUUCCAGAUGUGUGCCAAGGAAAUGCUGCAAUACCUGGCGAAGCACGAGAACGGCAAGGAGCUGAAGUCGUCGCAGCUGGUCAGCCACCUGCACCGGAUGGCCAGCGAGGUGCUGCAGGGCGGGGCGCCCCGCAAGGCCGGGGACAUCCCUCCCAAAAUGGUGGACUUGAAGGAGAAGCCGGCGGCCCUGGGUGAGGGCCAUGGGAAGAACUGCGUGCCCGUGAUCCAGCGGACAUUCGCUCACUCCAGCGGGGAGCAGAGCGGCAGCGACACGGACACGGACAGCGGGUACGGGGGAGAGCUGGACAAAAGCGACUCCAAAUCGGAACAGCCCUAUUUCAAAAAGGAUACCGACCUCAAGUACGCUGUCCAGGAGAGAAUAAGCUCUAUUAAGCAAGAGACUGAGGAUCCCCCGGCCAAAAGGAGCAGGCUGGAGUCGCCACAGGACGAGGGCCCUUUUGGCACUGACAUGAUGGGCUCCCCCGGCAGCUUCCUGGGCCCCCACCCUCACCAGCCCCCCCUGUGCCUGCCUUUCUACCUGAUCCCGCCGUCCGCCACCGCCUACCUGCCCAUGCUGGAGAAGUGCUGGUACCCAGCCUCGGUUCCCGUGUUGUACCCCAGCCUGCCAGCCUCUGCUGCAGCACUCACGGGCUUCAUGAACCCCGACAAAAUCUCCCCCCCUCUGCUGAUGCCCCAGAGACUCCCUUCUCCUGUACCGGCCCAUUCCCCCAUCGACUCCUCGGCUCUACUUCAAGCUUUGAAGCAGAUUCCUCCUUUGAACUUGGAAACCAAAGACUGAGCGCAGUGUGACUGGUUUUUCUCUUUUUUUCUUUUUUUGGGUUUUUUUUUUUUUAGUUUGAGAGACUGUUUCACUUUUAUAUAUUGGCUGGACUGAGGUGUGGGGACGAAGUUCACUGUGCGUAGGAAGCUAAAUCCCCUUUUCUCUGGCUUGUCAGGUAGCUUGGAGAAGGAUGAAGGAUGCGCCCAGGUUAGCGAUUGACAGCUACUUCCAAAAGAUUAAAGAAGGGUUUAAGAAGGGUUUUGUGCUUCACCCCUUCCCUUCCUCCCUCUCCACAUCUACAGAGCAGCAGUUGACUCGGUCAGCUGUGCCUCUAUUGCAAAGCUGUGAAGAAAUGUUCCAUGGGCAGACUUGCUUGGAGGGUCUGCCAAUAUAAAAUCCGCGAAUAUAAAACACGGUACUUCCCUGAGCUGCUCUGAGGGCAGCGGCCCUGCUGGCUCCUUGGAGCUGGGCUGGUGGCUGAGUGACCCUGAGCGUGGCGUGGUGGUGGUGGUGGCAAUGCCACCAUGAGCACAGGAGGAGCAGGGCAGUGGUCACUGCAGGGGCAGCAGUGUCACCAG